AGUUACGCUCUUAGCUAUGAGGCGGCGGCUACUCCUCCUCCUCCUCCUCUGGGCGCUGGUGGUCGGCGCGGGGGCCGGGAUCCCGCCGCAUGAGGAUGCGGCGCGCGUGGCCCGCUACGUGGCUCACCAGUGCGACUGGGGCGCGCUGGCCACGCUCUCCGCGCGCGAGCCGCUGCGGGGCCGCCCCUUCGCCAACGUCUUCUCGCUGAGCGACGGGCCGCCCGGGCCCCGCGGCAGCGGCGUCCCCUACCUCUACCUCACCGCGCUCGAGGUGUCCGUGCAGGACCUGCAGGUGGAUGCAAAUGCCUCCCUAACAGUGUCUUUGGCACAGACUCCUUACUGCAAGAAGAAAGGGUAUGAUCCCCAGAAUCCCCUGUGUGCCCACGUUAUCUUCUCUGGGACUGUUGAUAAGGUGAAUGAUACAGAAGCUGUCUUUGCAAAGCUAUCGUUAUUCAGUCGACACCCUGAGAUGGCAAGCUGGCCUCCAGAUCAUAACUGGUUCUUUGCCAAAUUCAACAUCACCAAUAUCUGGGUCCUGGACUACUUUGGUGGGCUGAAAACUGUGACUCCACAAGAAUAUUACAAUGUCACACCUUAGUAGAAGAAAAUCCUGGAUAUUAUCGACAUACAAACUAACUUCCUGGCCUUUUGCCAUGCUUUCUGCUUCUCAUUCGUUCCUAGAGCUCAGUUAAUAUGGCAAAAAAAAUCACAGAUGUGCUCAAUUUUUAAUGAGCUUGCUUUGGGUAUACUCCCACCUGUUCGUAUUCACAUCUCACAAACAUUUGUGUGAUUGAGCUUGUACUGGCAAUAAUGAUGAUCACACAAGUGAAUUUCCAAAUCUCAUGUGAGUAUGCCUGUUGAGGAAAAUGUGUUAAUCAGGACAUAUCCAUGGGUAGGCCACACUCAAGUCUACACAAAUCUGAGCCCAUGUGGAAUCCCCUCCCUCCCCUGUUCCAGGGAAUGGAGAAGGAAAUGGAAAGCCUCUGUUCUUCCCUCUUCUCCUUAACUUUUCUGGAUUGGAUAGUAACUGCCUCCCCCAACAGGGAGGGAGGGGGCCUACUAGUAGGGGGAACACAGCUGCCCUGCAUGGUCAUGUAAAGACACAUUUUCCCCCCCAGGGAUUGGGGAGGGUGGAGUGCUGUGCAACCAGUGGCAUCAGGGAUCGGCACCAAGUGGCGUCAGCUACAGAACAGAGAAACAGGCUGCUGCUUCUGCCGUGUGAAGCCCAGCCAAGCUCUCUCCUCAUUGCCCAUCUCCAUAAAUUGGGGCCCAGUCAAAUUUCUGUUCCUAGCUGUGCUACUGAUGUUAAUCACAACUAAUCAGCACAGUUUAAAUCAUAUGUCUGAGUACAAACAGUUUUGCAAAUAUCAAUCUGUAUGGUUUUAAACAAUUAUGUCUAAUAAAUAAGGCUAAGAUUUGGUCAUGGGUGUUUUUAGUAAAACUCAAAGACAGGUCACAGGCAAUAAACAAAAAUUCAGGGCCCUGACUUGUCCAUGACUUUUGCUAUAAAUUCCCCUGAGUAAUUCUUAGCUGUUCGUAGGGUGCCGCUGCUCAGACGGCCCUGGGGUCAGUCGCACUGGCCGCUGCAGCUGUGGAUGUCAUCCACAGAAUCUGUGACCCCUGUGACAGACUUGCAGCUUUACUAAUAACUCGGGUUAUGAUUUGUUCUGGAUUGUCUGCAUGCAGAAAAGGGCUAAGUUUAUUUAGAACUACUUGAGUAUUAGCUCAGUUGUACACAUUUCUGUGCCUUAAUUAAAUCAUUACUGUUUGUGGGUUCUCUAGAAAGAGAGAACUUCUUAAAAUAUCAGUUAUGUUUUGGGGCAGAGUAAACUGUAACUAGCUACGUUCUGCAGUGUGGCCCAGGGCUGACAUUAUCUAGAAUAUGGAAUGAACUAAUCACAUCAAGAUGGAGAGUGACUUGCUGUGGACCUGAAGGCUCCAGGAACCUCAAUUGCACAUUAUUGAUGAGUACAGCUGCAGUCUGAAACACUUUCUGUUUAGGUACUUGUAUAGCUCUCAUCUUUAUGACUUCACUGCGGUGAGUCGACAGCUGACGCUCCCCUGUCGACUCUGCCUGCACCUCUCUCUCCGGUGGAAUACCGGAGUCGAUGGGAGAGCGCUUGAUUUAUCGCAUCCAGACUAGAUGCGAUAAAUCGACCCCUGCUGGAUUGAUCGCUGCCCAUUGAUCCUCUGGGUAAUGUAGACAAGCCCUCAUUCACUUGUCCCCUACAUAAUGUUUGGCUUGUGAGUUUAGUGUAGGCACUGUGAAAAAGGGGUCCAUUAUUUACUAGUAGCGUCUAACUUCUGAAUCCAUGAAGAAAAGUCUUUUACUUUAUAAAUCUAAUAAAUUGAUAGUUGAACAACUUUUUCUCCCAACAAUAGAACUGGUUUGUGAGGCAGGUAUUUUUAAGCAUAUAAGGAACUUUUCAGUGAGUAACCCAAAAGUGGGGGAGAGGUUUAUGAAAUGUAAUAUAGCUGUUUCAUCCUUUGAAGUGGUCUUAGUUCACAUUAGCUAAUGAAAACACUUAUGAAAAACUUAGUUCCUUGCUCUUUAAAAGUGUCCCUCCGUCAAGCAGGAUUGAAUUACAGAAUUAAGCCUCUAUUUCUGUCCUAGCUGAUCUCCCAAGUGCUAAGUUCACAGGAAGUGUCAGAAAGGACCACCUCAGCAGAUUAAUUUAAAUUGAACUCAUAAUGAGGAAGUAUUGUCUGGUGGCUAGAGCAAGGGACUUGAGAAUCAGGAUGCCUUAGUGAAUCAGUAGCAGGCACAGAAAUAGAACAGUGUCCAUAGCUAAAUUGUGUAACCUCUCCUCUUCUCUAUAGUGUGGCUGUAUUACUAUUUACCUUAUAAAGUGUUGGAAGAUUUGUAAAUCAUCAGUCUGCUUUAGGUAAACUACUCCCUUCCCAAGUUUACUACAUUUUGAAACACUUUUGGUAAACUAAUUGGGAAGAUAAUUGGGAACUGAGGAAGCUUGCAAUUUGGAAAUGACUCGUGUUGGAUAGAUAAUGCUGAAUCUAGAUGCAGAACGAGCAAAUAAUUUUAUGUUUAAAUAUAUAUUUUUAAAAAAUUGGAGAGCUCUUAAGUGACUCUAAAUUGUCAGAAGGACUCGUUGCAUCCAUUCUAAUGGAAGUCCUUGGAUGCUCUUCUUGUGCUUCAGGAGAGUGACUUAUGACUCAGUAUAUUUUAUUCUGUGUGAACAACCUCUGGUGCUGGGCAUCUGUAACAAUUAAAAUCUAUUUUUAUGGUGAA